CUUGUAUGAGGAGACAACAGGUGGACCGAUGGAAGAAGGAGGAGAGAACUCUGAGGAAGAUGAAGAGGAGCAGAAGGAGCCGCCACCUGAACCUCUUCGCUUUGGUUGGGUACAAGGAGUCAUGAUCCGUUGCAUGUUAAACAUUUGGGGGGUGAUCUUGUACCUGAGGCUGCCUUGGAUCACGGCUCAAGCUGGCAUAGGUCUGACCUGGGUGAUUAUCCUGCUAUCCUCUUGUAUAACUGGGAUCACUGGUCUCUCAACCUCAGCCAUCGCAACCAACGGAAAAGUCAAAAAAGGUGGGACCUACUUCCUGAUCAGUCGCAGCCUCGGCCCGGAGCUGGGUGGGUCCAUCGGUCUGAUCUUUGCUUUCGCCAAUGCAGUAGCUGUGGCCAUGCACACUGUGGGCUUUGCUGAGACUGUUACAGACAUCAUGCGCGAAAAUGGAGCUGUCAUGGUGGACCGGACCAAUGACAUCCGCAUCAUCGGCAUCAUCACUGUCACCUGCCUGCUAGGUAUCUCGAUGGCUGGCAUGGCGUGGGAGUCAAAGGCUCAGAUUCUGUUCUUCCUGGUCAUCGUGGUGUCUUUGGCCAGUUACCUUGUUGGGACAAUCAUCCCUGCUUCGCCGCAGAAACAAGCCAAAGGUUUCUUUAGCUACAAAGCGGAUAUUUUUGCCGUCAAUUUUGUGCCCAACUGGCGAGGGCAGGAUGGCAGCUUCUUUGGCAUGUUCUCCAUUUUCUUCCCCUCUGCCACAGGCAUCCUGGCAGGAGCUAACAUUUCUGGAGACCUGAAGAAUCCAGCAGUGGCCAUCCCCAGAGGAACACUGAUGGCAAUAUUUUGGACCACCUUCUCCUACAUCAUCAUCUCUGCCACCAUCGGAGCCUGUGUGGUGCGGGACGCGUCCGGCCUGUUGAACGACACCGUGUCGGCGUCCUCGUCCAUCGAGGGCUGUGUUGGUUCAGCUUGUCAGUACGGAUGGGACUUCACCGAGUGCAUCAACAACAACACAUGCACCUACGGCAUCAGUAACUACUACCAGUCCAUGAGCAUGGUGUCGGCCUUCAGCCCUCUCAUCACUGCUGGUAUAUUUGGAGCCACGUUGUCCUCUGCUUUGGCCUGCCUGGUGUCUGCUCCCAAAGUCUUCCAGUGUCUGUGCAAAGACAAACUCUACCCUCUCAUCGGCUUCUUUGGAAAAAGCUACGGCAAGAAUGAGGAACCGCUCAGAAGCUACCUGCUGACGUAUGUCAUCGCUGCCUGCUUCAUUCUCAUUGCUGAGCUGAACACCAUCGCUCCCAUCAUCUCCAACUUCUUCCUCUGCUCCUACUCUCUGAUCAACUUCAGCUGCUUCCACGCCUCCAUCACCAACUCACCAGGUUGGCGUCCGUCCUUCAGGUUCUACAGUAAGUGGCUGUCGUUGCUCGGCGCCGUGUGUUGCGUGGUUAUCAUGUUCCUGCUGAACUGGUGGGCGGCCCUCAUCGCCUUUGGCAUCGUCUUAGUCCUGUUGGGAUACACCCUCUACAAGAAGCCCGCUGUGAACUGGGGCUCCUCAGUGCAGGCGAGCUCUUACAACAUGGCUCUGAACCAGUGUGUGGGUCUCAACCGUGUGGAGGACCAUGUCAAGAACUACAGGCCUCAGUGUUUGGUGCUAACAGGUCCUCCCAGCAGUCGUCCAGCUCUGGUGGAUCUCGUCACCUGUUUCACGAAGAGCCUCAGUCUCAUGAUGUGCGCCAACGUGGUCACUUCCAGUCCGUCCCCAUCAGUCGUGGAAAAGGCGAGCAGCGACAGUCACGUCACCUGGUUGAACCAGCGGAAGGUGAAGUCGUUCUACAGAGGGGUGGUGGCCGCAGAGCUACGAUCAGGAGUUAACAUGCUGCUACAGGGGGCAGGUUUGGGUCGUAUGAAGCCAAAUGUUCUGCUGAUGGGUUUCAAGAAGAACUGGUGCAGUGACACACCUCAGGCUGCUCACAGUUACAUAGGAAUACUGCACGACGCGUUCGACCUCCAGUACGGUGUGUGCAUGCUGAGGAUGAGGGAGGGACUGGAUGUCUCUCGUCCAUCUCAGUCACACGUUAAUCCAGGCUUUGACGGAGGACCAGAGGGUAUAAGCACCAUCUCUGCACCCUCCUGCAUUCAGACGAGCACCACCUCUACCGUCUCCAUUGAAGCGGAGCCUCAACCGAGCACGGUGUUCCAGAAAAAACAAGGGAAGAAGACCAUCGAUGUGUACUGGCUGUCUGAUGAUGGAGGUCUGACCCUGCUGCUGCCCUACCUGCUGACUCGGAGGAAGCGCUGGGCGAGAUGUAAAGUCCGAGUGUUUGUGGGAGGAGAAAUGGACCAGAGGGAAAAGCAGAGAGAGGAGGUGUUGGCACUGAUCAAGAAGUUCCGUCUUGGUUUCCAUGAUGUCGAAGUGCUUCCUGACAUCUACCAGAACCCUCAACCUGCAAACGUUCACCAGUUUGAGAACAUGGUGAGUCGCUUCAGACUGGAUACAAACCCCAAACAGGACUCUGGGCCACCGAGGCAGCAGGAGGAGCCGUGGAUGAUCACCAACCAGGAUUUAGAGAGGAACAAGGCCAAGUCUCUCCGGCAGAUCCGUCUGAAUGAGGUUCUGCAGGAUUACUCCAGAGAAGCUGCUCUGAUUGUUAUCACCAUGCCAGUGGGAAGAAGAGGAGUGUGUCCCAGUACUCUUUAUCUGGCGUGGCUGGACUUCCUAUCACGUGACCUCAGACCUCCGGUCCUGUUGGUCAGAGGAAACCAGGAAAGCGUCCUCACCUUCUACUGCCAAUGAAAUAAUGACUCAUUUUCAUCUUUACACGCCAGUGCCUUGAUGACUGUAAUUAAUGUAUGGUUUCUGUAUUUCUAUAUUGCAUCAACAUCUCUAUCCAAAUUAAUUGAUGUUUGACAUUUAUGUUCACAUAAAAUAUAUCAUUUCCUUAAAAAGGUCCAGUGUGUAGGAUUUAGUGACACCUAGCAGUGAAGUUGCACAUUGCAACCAAAUGAAUUCUCUCCCACGCCUCACCCUCUCCUUCCAAGCAUGGUAGAAGAACUCUGCGAAAAGUCAAUUUCUAGAUCAGAGUUUGGUUUGUCCGUUCUAGAGUUUCUUACACACUAGAUCUUUACAUUUAUAAUACAAAUUAAGGCAUAAGUGGGUUACUAACAUAGUUCAAUAUGUUUGUUGUUUAAUAUGUUUAAUCAUUAAUCUGCAUGCUGAUUCUGAACAGUGCCACGUGGUUAAUUGUGUCAGACUUUUUGUAUCCAGACGUCGGUCUAGAGUUGCAGAAACUGCAGAAUAAACAAGUAGUUGAUUGUA